ACACCAGUCACUCCGAACCGUGCCACUCACGUGGACCCACCUACUCUCUCUCUCUAUCUCUCUAAAACCAUCUUCUCUCACGUCCAACUAUACAUACAAACCCUCGUGUAUCUAUAUCCAAUAUAUACAGAUUCUUUUUUACCCCUUUUGAUUUCCAUUUGCGAAGCUAGUAAAAAAAAAAAAUCCCCCUUGUCUUUAUCUCAGGUACAAUUUUCACUUUGAUGGGUUCUUUAAUUAUUCAUUCUUUCCUCCUGUUUUUCUUUUAUGCAUAAAGUCCUUAGCUUUCUGUGAAAGUUAAAUUUUUUUUUUCUCACACUUUUGUUGACUUUUCCAAAAACCCAUCUGCUUUUUUUUUGUAUGUAUUGUUUUGUGUUGCUGAUUGGGCCAUGUUAAUGGCGUCUGGUUCGGCAGCCGUUAGUUGAAUGGGUUGAAAUCGAAAAGCGCGUGCUUGGAACGGUUGAUUUUUCCGGGGUUUAAAUCAAAGGAAUUGGGUUACUUCAUUUGAUUGGAUUUCUUGCAGAAUCAGUAGAUGGUGCAGAGAUCUUAUCUGGGUUCUUUUCUGUAAGAAGAAAUGGUAAUAGAAAGUUUGGUAGUUGUGUAGCUUUUCUUGUAUUCGAAAUCUUGGUUGGUUCUUGUUGAAUUUUGGGAUUGGAUAUUUAUUUAUUCAUUUUUGGAGGAAUCUGGGAUUUUCUUGAAAGAUUUGUGGGGGAAAAAGAAAAGAUGGAAAAGAAUGGGGGAGAAGAUUGGAGAGAGAUGGUGAGAAAAAUGCUUCCACCAGGUGCUCCGAUCCCCGACGAAGAUAAAAUGGAUUAUUCAAUAGCAAUGGAGUACGUGGGCCCACCGGUUUCGUACGAGCUUCCGAGAGUGGAGCCACUCGAAAUGAACGAAGAUGAAAUUCCAACUGCCGAACCAGUUCUGGAUUCUACUAGAAGGUCAGCAGCUCGUGACACAGCACCUGUGAUAGAGCCGAUCCCGCUGCCCAUGUCUCGUAUUGCGAGGGUGAUGAGCCCGCCCAAUCAAAGUCCUAGAAUGUCUGCAAGUUCCGAAUCCGUCGUCUCUGUUUUGCAGAACGACGAUUUCCGUUCGCCCUCGCCUUCGAAUUCGGCUUCGCCCGGUUCGAUGCACAGUCAGCAGCAUCAUAACGAAGGAAGGAGAGCCACUGUGGUGACCUUUAACACAGUUGAUAACAGAGUGGUGGAAACUGAGAAACAAGUGUUGACCGAAUUCGUGGGCGUCACUAAAGAAAAGAAGAAGAGGGAGAACUUACGAGUGUGCUAUAGAUGCGGAAAGGGCAAAUGGGAAACGAAAGAAUCUUGCCUCGUUUGCGAUGCAAAGUACUGUAGUAACUGUGUGCUUAGAGCGAUGGGUUCUAUGCCAGAAGGGCGAAAGUGUGUGACUUGUAUCGGAGAGCCGAUCGACGAGGCAAAGCGGUCAAAGUUGGGGAAAAAUUCGAGGCUUUUGUCGAGAUUGCUUAGCCCGUUGGAAGUGAAACAUAUAAUGAAGGCUGAAAAAGAAUGCUCCGCGAAUCAGCUUCGACCGGAGCAAUUGAUUGUGAAUGGGUACCCUUUGAAACCGGAGGAAAUGGCCGAGCUUUUUGGGUGCGUUUUGCCGCCUAGGAAAUUGAAGCCGGGCUUGUAUUGGUAUGAUAAAGCACUUUCUACCCGAUGUGGCCGAGUACUUCUUGAGCAGGAUACACUUCACGCGGAGGGGGUGACUCGGGGCAGUGGAGUGGCUUUUAUGGAGUUCUCCAUGGAUGAUCGUAGCCCGAUGUCGGCCUACACUGAGAAUUUGGAUGCUGCGCCUUCGCCUCUCACCAAGUACCAACUAAUUCGAGUAAACGCAAAGGGAAUGAACGAGGGAUGCAAGUGGGUGGAAAUGUUCGAAGACGUACGAGCGGUAGUCUUCACAGUCGCCCUAUCCGACUACGACCAAAUCGAGAACAAUAGCAACAAAAUGAUCCAAAGCCGAGACCUUUUCGAGUCGAUGACAAGGCACCCGUGUUUCAGAGACACGCCCUUCUUACUAAUCCUAAACAAGUACGAUGUUUUCGAGGAGAAGAUCAACCGUUGCCCGAUCGGCUCGUGCGAUUGGUUCACCGAUUUCAGCCCCGUCAGGCCCCACCACAACAACCAGUCGCUUGCGCAGCAAGCCUACUUUUACGUGGCUAUGAAGUUUAAGGACCUUUACGCUUCGAUCACGGGGCGGAAGUUGUUCGUGUGGCAAACUAGGGCUAGGGAGGGGCCCACGGUUGACGAGGCGUUUAAGUACGCUAGGGAGGUUGUGAGGUGGGAUGACGAGAAGGAGGAGAAUUACUACGGUGGUGCGGAGGAUUCAUUUUAUAGUACGACGGACGUGAGUUCGUCUCCGUUUAUCCAGCAAGGGUGAGGGGUAGAAACGUAAUUCUUGAUUCUUGAUUAAUUGAAGUUGCCGUUGUACAUAAGACGGGCGGAGGAGGAGACGAAAUAAAUAAUUAUUAUUUUUUCCUUCUGGAUUUUUUUUAAUGUCGAAAAAUGAGUUUUUUUCGUUUUUUUUUUUUUUUUUUUCGACUGUUGGAAAAUUGUGAUUGUUGUGAGUUGUGACAUUAUGGUAUAUAUAUUGGUGACCGAAUGUAAGAAUGUUUUUCUUUUUUUUUGGUUUUUGGCCUUUUGAGUAGUCUUGCUAUUACAU